UGCUAAAGUCUUUAUUGCAUGAAACUGCAGUUGCUCUAGUAAAUGCUUUCAACAAUGAGCAACUAGUUUAACUUAUUUUAAACUGGAUUCGUUCCAUAUCGUAGCAGAGCAAAACUGAUUUAUCAUGUAACAUUUUGCACAUAAGCCUGAAUGCUGACACAGCCCUCUUCACCCUACAGACAGUGCAUCUAAAGUCUAUCUGUUUUUGAAGCUGCAUCAUUUCAGUUUCUUGAAUAUAAUCCAUAACUCUACUCUUCUCUGGCCAUUUGGAAUUAAUGCACAGAAAACAAUAUUGAAAACAGACACACAAGAGAUCUCAAUCAGCAAAACGUUACAAAGAAUCAUUCUCCUUAGUUCUUUCAGCAAAAUUCAAGUCUGAUCUCCUGAAAUGAAGACUUCGCAGAAAUUUUAUCUCUUCUGUUUUUUUAUGCCCUUGGUGAAGUUAGCACCACCUAAUCAACAACACUCAGCCCUAUUUCAUGAAAUAUUCCAGCAAAGUUAUGAAGAUGCAUUGUUUCAGGAAGAUUAUGAAGACAAUCCACAGGACGGGGUAAAAAAUAAGGAAGACAACACUUUCAUAUUCAAUGAAAAUAAAGUGCGACUGCAAAGAGAUGAUGAAAAACGUGCAGAGGGAGCAACAAAUUAUACAGAGCUGGCUACUUGUCUACUAUGUGUUUGUUUAAGUGGUUCCGUUUACUGUGAAGAAACAGAUAUUGAAGGUAUCCCUGCUCUGCCAAAGGAAACAGGCUACCUUUAUGCACGAUUCAACAAAAUCAAGAAGGUGAAAGUAUCUGAUUUUGCUGAAAUUCCCACCCUAAGAAGAAUUGAUUUGACUGGAAAUGCAAUUCAAGAAAUUGAAGACGGAGCCUUUGCAAAGCUACUACUGCUAGAAGAACUUUCAUUGGCUGAUAAUCGACUUGUCAAGCUCCCUGUUUUGCCUCCCAAACUAACUUCACUGAAUGUAAAUAACAAUAAAAUUAAAAACAGAGGAAUUAAAGCAAAUGCUUUCAAGAAGCUGAUAAAUUUGUCAUAUCUCUACUUAGCACAGAAUGCACUUGAGUCUGUUCCUCUUAAUUUGCCGGAAAGCCUACGUAUUCUGCAUCUUCAGUUCAACAACAUAACCAGCGUCACAGACGAAACCUUCUGCAAAGGGAACAAUCAAACCCGUUAUGUUCGUCAGCGCAUGGAUGAGAUCAGAAUGGAAGGCAACCCAGUCAUCUUGGGAAAGUACCCCAAUGCUUUUAUUUGCUUGAAGACUUUGCCUGUAGGCCAAUACUUUUAGUUGCUAACAAACUGAAACAUGUAAAAAUUAGAUGAAGAUUACUGUUAUAUCACUGUUUAAACAUGUCUUCAUAUUAAUAUCCUCUGACAUAUAUUCAGAACUGUUAAUGGUAAUGAUGUAUUUAGAUCUGCCUUAAUUUGGUGAUAUUGCACCUUCUGAUUUAAAAAUUAUGAGAAUUUUGUUACUUCUAGACCUUAGACUCAAGUAUGAAACCAGGAAAAGGCAUUGACUCCUUUUGAGUAAUCAGAUUACAAAAUGAAUUAAAAAUUGGUUUUAAAACGUCACUGUUAUGAGGGUAAGAAUGCACAGUAAUCUUAAGGGAAUGCAUUCUUUUAGGGGACCAGUGUAAUUUGAUUUGAUUAAGGAAGUACUGUAAAUAGGCUGUACAAUACUUUGGGUUUAAAGAGGAACAGGUGCUUCAGAGUACAUACUGUGUGUGAACACAUAUAGGACCUCUUGAAAUGCCUUAAAUACAUUUUUCUCAGGAUCAUGCUGUAGCUGUGGAGGGCAGCCAUGUGAUCCUGGGAAAAGACUUAGCUGUUUUAAUAAGUCACUGACAGGUUCUACAUGAGCAUCCCUGCACAGUCCAAACUAUCUUUUCCCCUUCAAAUCCAAGUGCUGCACAUAAUGAAAAAUACAAGGAAUGUGGGGCAACAGGUAGAGCAAGCCUUUGAUACUUGCUUAGCCAAUGCAGCACACUGGCUGGAUAGGAAGGGCAAACAAUUCUUAAGACAACUUUCCAAAUGCUAGAUUUUGACACAGUUAGGACUGCUGAAAGGACAGACAAGGUUAUGGGCUCAUGCUGCUGACAGACACUUAUAUAGGACAGAACCAAUGUAAUAUAGAGGUAUAUAGGCUGAAAUUGCACCACAGAUUAUUUAAAUCAAACAGCCCUCCACAAUUCAACUUCUGAGAUUGAUGGAAGAAGAUAGUAUCAUUUUCAAAUACAUUGGCAAUCUAUUCUAAUCUAUUUAUUAGUCUGGCAAAAUAACAACAGCAAAUUAAAUCAAAAAUUAAUCAUGCUCUUUCAAUCUGAUCUGUACUCUACAACUAUUGGAAUAAAGCUAUUCAAUAAAGAGAAAUGCAAUGUGUUCUAGUUUAAAUUUUCUAAUAUAUUUUAUGGAUAUCAAAAAAAGUGACCCUAGAUUAUUAAAGGUGUUUAUCACAUUGAUCAAAAUGAAAGGGAAAAAAAAAAAACAGAUCAACUUAUGCUAUAGCAGGGAGGAUUUUGCUUAAAUGUUAGCCAUUUAACAUAGUAUUAAUAGUGUUAAGUUGUUUAGGGAACUUGUAAAUUGGGGGUACAAAUAUCCAUCAGAAAGAUAGAUGGAUACGUGUUUAGAAAGUUUAAGCCAGGG